CUAAAUUCCCAAAUUCCUAAUUCCGAGCGCUGGUCGGUUGCUGGCUGCUGCUGUCUUAUCUCUCUUUUCCUCUCUCCCCUUUCCCCUCCUCCGCUCUACUCUCCUCACAUCCGCCUCCGUCUCCUCUGUUCUGAGUUCUGACCCACCUUUGUCUCGCUCUCUCUCCCUUCCGAGUUGAUUUGAGUUGAGUUUGUCGCGUUGCGGCUCCUCGUUCCUCGUUCCUCGUUCCUCGUUCCUCCUCCUCCUGCUAGCGACGGCCGGCGGUUUUACUGCAGUUUGUUGAUCGGAGAGCAGUUUCUGUUAUGAUCUCCGGAUGCCGACCAUCGGCUCUCCCCUGUGUCCCGGCUCCGCGCCAAUCUGUUCAUCCCACCCGGACUCGGUAAUGUACGAGGAACCAAUGCCCAACAUAACUUCUAUAUUUAGUUGCAGAUGUGGUUCUAAUGCCGAUCCUGAAGAAUCCUGUUUCUACGGUUGCCACCAUUUCGCUGCGAGGAAGCGGUUGAAGUUGUCCACAUCUGAGUUAUCUGACAUGGAAGGCCUACAAUUUGCAGCAGAAGUUGACGAUCUUUCUGAAGGAUGCAAACCUGACUUGUGUUCUAGUAGGUGUACCAAGGCUUGUUGUAGCUGCAAUGUAAUAAAGAGAACCGAAUCAUAUGCUGCAAUGCAAGAGAGUCUUCAUUCUAUUAACCGGAACUAUGAGACUUUUGAGCCUUACGAAACGGGUUUUGUAACUACUCCAGCAAGGGGUUCUAGCGGAUAUGCUCAAUCCUCUUCUUUGGGUGGAUAUAUGUAUGUAAAUGAGCACGGGCAGAUGUGCGGACCUUAUAUCCAACAACAGUUAUAUGAGGGCUUAUCUACUGGGUUCUUGCCUGAAGAUCUUCCAGUUUAUCCUGUUGUAGAUGGAAAACUAACAAAUGCUGUACCUUUGAAAUACCUGCAGCAAAUUCCUAACCAAGGAUACAUUGUUCCUAGUAUCUUGUCCUCUAUGGCAAGUGAAUCUAGUAAGAUUGCAACACAUUGGCCUAUUCAUUCGGAAACAGAGAGUCCUGCUCAGUCUUCAAAUUUAGUGCCGAAACAACAAUUGAUGUCCUAUCAAGUUGCUGCCGAUGUUGCUCAAGUACAAACGGCAGAUACAAGAAAGACUGACGGUAAUCAGCCAGUGCUUACAGAGACCCUGCCAAGCGAAGAGUCAUGCUGGAUGUUUGAGGAUGAGGAAGGUAGAAGACAAGGACCACAUUCUAUUGCAGAGCUUUGCUAUUGGCAUCACAGCAGCUAUCUUCAUGAUUUGGUGAUGAUUUACCAUGUGAAUAACAAGUUUGGACCAUUUACUCUUGCUUCAUUAAUUGAUAAGUGGAGCAGAGACAUUAUGGAGAAUGCAGCUGAACCUGUCCAUGAUGAUUUCAGUUCCUUAAUUAGCUUUAUAUCCGACAUAUCUGAGGAUAUCUCUUUUCAGCUACACUCUGGCAUAAUGAAAGCAGCUCGACGUGUGCUAAUUGAUGAAAUUAUCAGUAGCAUGAUUCCUGAUUUUAUUGCUUUGAAGAAAACUCAGAAGAACCUUAGACCAAAGCCAUCAAAUCAGGUAGCCAAGCUCCAUAAUGUUAUUGAGAGGAAGUCCUACCCUGUUAGGGACAAUGCUGCUAUUUCCUUUCACGAGUCAAAGGAAAUGAACUCAUUUCAGCCAGCAGAUCUGAUGCCUACUGUAGUGUCCCAAUGCGGUAAUUUUCCCGAGCUGCUAUCAGCAGCUCGGGAAAUGUUCUACUAUGACUCAAUGAAUGUUCUGUGGGAUUUUGUCUUUUUAGAUCCUAUUGCUAGCUAUUGUGAAGCCUGGCUUAAGAGAAAGCGCCGGUCUAAAGUUCCCGCUUCAUCUGGUUCUGUUGUUUUCCAUGGCCAAAAUAUGCAAAAGAAGGAUGAGAUGCAGUCACAGAUGCCCUUGCAGAUGGUUUCUGACCCAGAGAGUUCUUGCAAUGACAUUGAUUUUCCACCAGGAUUUGAACCUGGAACUCAUAAUCUGGAAAGUUUUUCAGAGUCUCAACCAAAUUCGGAAAUUGCUCCUGUUGCUGCCAGUGUUGAGACAAAAUCUGUAUCCCAUGCCAAUUUGCUUAGUGGUGCUUUAACAAAGAUCCAAGGAAGUGUAGAAAAUGAAUUAUACGUGGCAGCAAAAAUAUCAUUGUUUAAAUACUUUGAAGAUGUUAUUAAAGAAGAGAUGACAGCUUUGUUAUGUUUAACAAUGGAAGGCAGUUCCAACGAGGAAACAGUUGAUGCUAAAGAACCUAUUCAUCCACUAGACUUGUCGUGUUCUCUUGAAUUGGCUGCUGAUACAACAUCAUGUUCUCCUGAGCCGCAAGAUUCUUUUUCUACUUGUUAUGCAAGUGCCUUUGAAAGGUUGUCUUUGCCAAUGGCAACUGGGUUAGAUGAUGAUGAAGAUACCGAAGAACCACCUCCUCCCGGACUGGAAGACUUCUCUGAGUCCUUGGCGUUAUUCAAGAAAAACAAGUUUCAUCCUUCACAGUCAGAUGAGUGUAUACCAGAUAUUUCCAAAUACAUUACUGUUGCAGUCUGUCGACAAAAGUUACAUGCUGAAGUUCUUAGAGCGUGGCCUCCUCUUUUUUCUGAUGCCCUGCGAAAAUGUUUUGCUUCAUGGCGUGGUUUGAGAAGUGCUGGCUCCAACAUGUCUUCUGGAAUGAUUAAUUUAGCUGAGGAUAUUACAUACGCCAAUCGUCAAGAGAACGCCUCUAAUUCUUUUGAGAUGCUGGCUGAACAAAGUAAAAAGCCUGGGCAACUGAAUGAUUCUGAUUUGCAUGAUGAAUCUUUGAUGGUUGGAAAGUAUACGUACUAUAGGAAGAGAAAAAUAGGCAAGAGAAAGUCUGGAUCUUUAUCAGCUUCUCUUCCUGCAGAGAGUGAUAGACCAUUAAAGAAAACCAUGGAAAUCUCAGGAGGUCAACAGAUUUCUAAAUUCAUGGAUAAUUUGGUAGAAGUCAGGGUGAGUGGAAGCGAUUCUCAAGAGUUAGGAAUAAGCGAGAAUAAAAACUUGUUGAAUGCUGUGCUUUCUGCAUCCACUUCUGCACAUAGAGGGACUGAUAAGUUUGCUUUAAGUUCGCAAAGAGUACAGACGAAAAGAAGGACGACUCGCAGGGUUAAAGCUAAGAAUGCUCAGACGAAGAAACUUUCGGGUGCCAUAAAAUCGCAGAAUAAUAUUUCUUACAAUUUGAUUAAUGAAGUUUUCCCGUAUGAUAAGUUGGAAGACGUUUCACUUCUAAAAAAGGUUUCGAGUGAAGUUGACAAGUGUGCUGAAAACGAUGUUUGUGAUACCAGUUUACUCAAAGAGCCAGAACUGUUCUGCUCCAGUGAUGUUGCAAAAUUAAAAAGGCUAUCCCGUUCAAAAAGGAAAGUUGAGAUUGAUCAAAAAGUGAUUUCUUCUGAGGUUUGUACUUUACCAACUGCAAGUUCUGCAAAGAAAAGAAAGCAAAGGCAAGCAGCAGGAUGGAAGCUUAAACCUUCAUCUCCAUGCCCCAAAUCAGAUGGCUGUGCUCGAGCUUCUAUCGACGGAUGGCAGUGGCGAAAAUGGUCGCGCAAUGCGCCUGCUUCUGAGAGGGCCCGUUCAAGAAGAAAGCAUGUUCUGAUCCGUUAUUUUGGUUCUGGGUCCAAAGAAUCCAAAAGUUCCUGUGUCAAGGGUCCUUCUGCAAGAACAAACAGGGUUAAGCUGCGCAACCUUCUGGCUGCUGCUGAGGGUGCGGAGCUGUUAAAAAUCAAUCAGUUGAAGGCAAGAAAGAAACGUCUAUGUUUUCAGAGGAGCAAGAUUCAUGAUUGGGGACUUGUGGCUCUUGAGCCAAUUGAUGCAGAAGAUUUCGUAAUUGAAUAUGUAGGGGAAUUAAUUCGGCGUCAGAUAUCAGACAUACGAGAGCAUCAGUAUGAGAAAAUGGGAAUUGGAAGCAGUUACCUCUUUAGGUUGGAUGAUGGUUAUGUGGUUGAUGCGACUAAAAGAGGCGGGCUAGCAAGAUUUAUUAACCAUUCUUGUGAGCCGAACUGCUAUACGAAAGUUAUCACUGUUGAGGGUCAGAAGAAGAUAUUUAUUUAUGCAAAGAGGCAUAUAUCUGCCGGUGAAGAGCUGACGUACAAUUACAAAUUUCCUUUGGAGGAGCAAAAGAUUCCAUGCAACUGUGGUUCUAGAAGAUGCCGUGGAUCAAUGAAUUAGGGAGGAUGCCGCAUUUUGCUCAAACUAUGCCAUUUCUUAUUUACCUUGUGGUUCACUGGUCAUAUGCUAUCAAUCUUCUUUGAGAAGCUUCGUGGCAAGUUGUCUUAACAUCACAACUCACAAGGUACUCCUUGGUGUUUCUGUACUUGCACAUUGUAAGUGGGAUGGAAGAAUGGAAGCUGCUGCGAGGAUCUUCUAUCUGUCAUUUAUAUAUGUCCUUGGUACUGCACUAUUCAGAAUGGCUAAUUGUCUAUACAGCAAUAUUCUUUGAUUUUUUCUGUAGCGGAUGAGUUCUCUGCCAACAAGGUGACCUGUUCAAUGUCUGACCAUAUAAGGGACCUCUAAGAAAAGAUGGUUUACUUCUCCAAUUCUAUUGGCUGUGCGAGUCUAUGUGUCCUAUUUAUUGGAUGGGCAUCCAAGUCGCAGUGAAUGUGCAUGGUAUGUGUUUCAUUUUUUGGCUUUCCCCAUCCCCUUAUCACCCAAAUUCCUUGAAAAGAAAAAUUGGAUUAAAAACAUGCCCUUUUCUCUCCUUUUUUUUUGUUUUUGAAAAAAAAGAGGUCCAAUUAAGUAAAGCGCAGAAAAUCCCUAUUUAAGUUGGAAAUCAACAGUAGCAGCUAUGCUGAAGCCAGUGAGGUUAAAAAAAGGACACUUGCUAAUAUUCUAUAUGGGUUCUAUUGUGAUUAGAGGGGAUGAUAUGCCUUCAAAGAAUCCUUUGCCAUUGGCUUUAACAGUUAACAUCACAUUAACCCGUUCACAUUAAGAAAAGUGCACAUGGUUGAUGUAAUGUUCAGCCGAUAGAGAGGGGGACACACAAAAUCCCCCACUUGGAUAUAUAUAGCUCUUUUCUAGUGGCUGUGCAGCAGUAAUCAGUUUUCUAAGCAAGUCAUGAAAAGCCAACUAUUUUAGUCUUAACUUUCAAAAUGGCUUCUCCCCGCCUAGCUUUCAUGAUAGCUUCUAUCGGAAGUAUUCACUUCAAAAAUUGUACGAUCAGGAUCUUGUGCUAUGGUAGAAAGCUGAAGUGAGGCGUAGGCUCCAACAUGGAGUUUGGUUAUUGAAGGAAACUAUUAGGGGUGAUUAUAUUUUAUUUUAUUUUAUUUUUAUUUUUAUUUUAUUGAAGUGUUUAGGGCAUUAUUAAAGAAAGCUUGCCAAAAACAAAAAAGUUUCAUUCAAACAGCACCAAACCCUACUCUCCACUUUCACUAUCUUGCAACGCAGUGGUUAUAGGUAUGUUGGUGCUGCCAACGUGUGGAGUCGCCUACUAGGAAAUUGAGAUAAACGAAUGUUCCUGGCGUAUUAUUGUUCAUACAUAAAGCAGAGGAAAAUACUGAAACAAAACGACAGAAACCUCAAUCACAUUUUGCCACGAUCAAAUGAGGUUUGAUGUCCUCCACCUGGGACUUUAUUGGCUAAUCAUUAUAAUUUAAAGUGUUUUCACACAUUUUAAGUUGGUAGUAAUUCAUGCUAAAGUAUCGUCAUUUGUGCGAAGUCCUGUGAAUUGGUUAGAUGUGUCUCGAAUUAUGGGGUCUAAGAAAUUUUUUUUUUUCUAGUUCUAUUUUGUUUUUGUUCAGCCUAUUUAUAUAAGCCGAGAUUAUUCCUAAUCGCAUUGGGUUUGAGUAUUUUACGAAAUUAUUUUUAAAUCUUACUGAUGAUUAUAUUUCUAGUCGUCUUGGGGUUUUAGUCAAACCAGCAUUAUUUUUAGUUUUAAAAUGAAGCUAAUUCAAAUCUAAUGGAGAUUUAGUUAUUUUUAUAAAUAUAGCUACUUUCUCACAAAUUUGCGGGUGCAGCAUAUUUAUAACAUUUUGGAGGAGAGAGAGCAUUCCGUGUGUUUUUAGAGUUAAGAUUUUCUGAAAAAGGCAUUCGUUUAUAUUCUAUUUAUAAUUGAAGUCUUUGUUAUGUCUUCACCCGUCUUCGUCUGAGGACGCAGGCUAAUGGUCUGGCCACGUAAAUUUUUGUAUAAUUUAUUCUUUUUUUCCCCUUAGUUCUCUUUCUUUGUCCACAUCCGGCAAACUAGAAAUUUUUUUUUUUUCUUUUUGUUGUAACAAAUCGUACUUAAGGAGUAACACCGGCCUACUAUUGUUUACGCAUGAAUAAGGCCAGCUUAAUAUAAAGUAAUUUCCUUCUACCAGUGGGGGAUUAUGGUAAUUACAGUUUGUCCCUAAAUUAGGUCUGAACAUUACUUCCAUCGGCUACCAUGGCAAGAACGAGCAGAUCUGCUACCCUGCUGCAUUGCUCCAAAUGCCCCUUUAUUCUAGCUCAUGUAGAAGAAGGUUCUAUUAGGUGGCGUGAUUUAAUAGGUUAGCAGCAGUUUAUCAGUGCGCUCAGCAAUCAGUUGGAAAUUUUGGAUGAGAUGGCCUUGUCUUACUGCUCUGGUUAUGACUGACUGCCUAGCUCUUUAUUGUUUGGACCUGUAAUCACCGACCUCAACUCAGAUGGAAGAGUGUUGGAUUUGCCGGGGGGUUAUAAGAUACUCUGCAAGUCCUUGAUCGCCGGUUCGAUUCCGGCAGGUCGGCAUGCCGUCCUAACAAGUAGCUCUUGCUUUUAUUUCAAUGCACAGGGGUUGAUGGAGGCUGUUUUCUUUCUUUUCUUUUUUAAAUGACAUGACAAAUGGAUUUUCAUGGCGAGGGGUACCAUAAUAUGAUCAUUUUUGAAGAGUUGAUUCUAAUCGCAUUGUAGAAUUGGAUAUCCCUCUGCAUAUAUAUACCCCUGGUUCUUUCGACAUGCCCUUGUCAUGGACUUCCUGAAGUGCGUAAUCAAGCAAGGCGGGCUUUACUGCUAUACAUAAUAUGAGAGUGAUUCUCAAGAAAAAGCUGGUCACUUCCGUUCGCGCCUACGAGGGGUUAUGGGUACUGUUUAACUUGCCACAUUUUUUUAGGACUCGGUGAACUAAUUUCUCUUUUAUGACCAUGGUCAUAUUUAUUUCUUUCAAGCAUAUGCCUCGUGAAAAGGCCAAUGAACUUGUUUUUGUGAUCCAAGAGAUCCCUCUGUACUUGUUGAUGGCUUACUAUGGUUGUCAUUUAUAAACCGGCAAACUUAGCAUUACGCAAA